AUGGAUUCUUCUCUCUCUUUAAAUAUAAAUUCUCUUUCUUCCUCUAAAGUUCUAGGACUAAACUGGAAUCCCUCUACAGAUGAAUUUUUCUUUGAUUCACCAGCGUUGUCCUUGACAAACAAAAUCUGUAACAAACGCAAUAUUCUUUCACAACUCGCAAGCAUAUUCGAUCCCUGUGGCAUGUUAGUUCCUCUCACUCUUCACGUAAAACUGAUUAUACAAGAUUUGUGGAAGUUAGGUAUAAAUUGGGAUGAUCCUGCUCCCAAUAACAUUGCUACAUCUUGGCAUCAACUCGUUCAAGAAUUACCUUGUAUUUUCUCUCUCAAAGUUCCUCGAUAUUUUCUCACUCUCAAAUAUUUAUCCCUGGAAGUACAUGGUUUUUGUGAUGCUAGUGAAAAAGGCUAUUGUGCAGUAAUUUAUUUUAGGAUAAUUCUUCCAGAUAACUCUGUAAAAACAAAUUUUGUCUGCGCUAAAGGCAAAGUAGCUCCACUCAAAAAAAUCUCAAUUCCAAGACUGGAACUCUGUGCAGCCUUACUUCUGACCAGGUUAAUUGAUUUCGUUAGAACUUCUCUUUCUAAUAAACUUAUUAAUGUUAGUACGAUUGCAUGGUCCGACUCGAUGGUUGUUUUGCAUUGGCUUAAAAGUGAACCAUAUAAGUGGAACACCUUUGUAAGCAAUCGAGUUUCCCAAAUUCAAGAGAAAUUACCUCCUUCUUGUUGGCGUCAUGUAGUCUCCAAAGACAACCCCGCUGAUCCAGGUUCUCGUGGUCUUCAACCUAGCGAGUUACUCGACAAUGCCUUAUGGUGGGCGGGACCUCCAUGGCUAAGCCAACCGGAAUCUUAUUGGCCACAAUCAAUUUUUACUUUCCCUGAAACUGAAGAAGAACAACGAAAAGUUAUAUUGACAUGUACUUCACAGCCCUCAUUGUUUGAUACUCUCUUUGAAAAGUUCUCUUCUUUCUCUAAAAUUAUAAAUAUUGUCACGUUUUGCAGACGCUUUCUCUAUAAUACUCGACAUUCUAAAUCUCGUAAAACCUCUCCUCUCUCGAAAUUUGAAAUAAAUGAAACUCUAGAAUGUAUUAUUAAAUGUGUUCAAUCACAAUAUUAUGCUAGGGAAAUUCUCUUAAUAAAUAAUUGCAAAUCUCUACCUAAAUACUUAAGAAAAUUGACCCCCUUUAUCGACACCAAUGGAAUUCUUAGAGUUGGUGGUCGCUUGCGCAAUGCUUCUCUAAAUUUCUCUCAAAAACAUCCCGCACUCUUACCCAAUAAUCAUAAAUUUACUACUCUACUCAUAGAAUAUACUCAUAAACUCUAUUUGCAUCCCGGUCCCCAAACUCUUCACUAUAUUCUCGCUCAACAAUACUGGAUUGUUUCUGCUAGAAAAACAAUUCGUAGUGUUCUCUUUAAAUGUCCUCAAUGCUUUCGCGCUAAUCCAGUAAUGCCUCAGCCUCCUAUUAUGGGAGAUAUUCCUGCUGUAAGACUUUCUCAAGUAAAACCUUUCUCUGAAGUUGGAUGCGACUAUGGUGGUCCAUUCUCUUUAUUAAGAUAUCGUGCACGAGGUGCUAAGUCCUGUAAAGCCUAUAUUUGCUUAUUUGUGUGCAUGGCCACAAAGCUUUGCACUUAG